CCCGGGUGUGUGGGCCGCUGCUGUGUUCUCCUUGACUGAUCAUCUUGCCAGAGCAGGAGCUUCGGCUGUUCCAUGGUUGACCGUUUUGUUUCACUGUUUACCUCACAGAGAAUAGACGGAUAAAAGCCACAGAAUAAACCUUCGCGAGUCGCCGCAGCUGCUCUUCUGAUAGUGAUUUCGAGCAUGAUCUAACUUUAGCUUCUUUUUUUCGUUUUAUCCUUACGCUACCCUAGACGCAGACGAGGAAUCACAAGCACUACCUUAAGCCAUGCCGGGUCUGGCGCGCAAGAUCAUCAUCUGCGCCGCCGUCGACGGGCUGGUGCUGCACCCACUCAACGCGCGAAAGGACUCGCAUCAACGUUCCGCGGCCCUCCCGCCUGUGCGGAUCAAGUACGGAGAUGCCUCCAUCUCCCCCAUCCCGCGAGACGCUGCGCCCGAUCCCUCAUCUCUGCCGCCCAACUCCUCCUUCGAGGCCUUUGGUAUCGUCGGUCUCGUCACCGUCUUCCACUACAGCUACCUCAUCUCCAUCACCCGCCGCCAGCAGGUCGCCUCCAUCCGCGGCCUGCCCGUCUACGUCGUCACGGAGGUCGCCCUGACGCCGUGCACGUCGCAGCACGAGGCCGCCGAGGCCAUCGCGCGGACCGCCGCCUCCCUCCGCGGCCGGAGGGAGUCCCUGGAGGACGGCGACGACGGGAGCGCCGACGCGUCCACCGCCGCGGCGAGCGCGGACGAGGAAGGGAUAUUGUCCGGGUCUGACGAGAGGGGCGGCGGCGGCGGCGACGAGGUCGGAGGGCGCGAUGAUGACGGGGAAGUGAUGAGCGACACGGAGGCCGCUACGGCCGGGGCGACGACGGGCUCGGCUGCCGAUGCUGCUUCUGACGGGAGGCGGAGGAGUGUCGUGCAGGACGUGAUUGGGAAGAAGGGGAGCUACGGGAGGUUCGCGCAGAAGUGGUUCAGUCGGUCCGGGUGGGCGAUGGAUCAAAAGAGGAUGAUGGGCCUGAGCGCGGAUGACAGGGCCGCCCCCCGGGGGAGUGGUGAUAGUAGUAGUAGUAAAGGGGAGGGGAAAGCGUCCGGGGAGGCGGCUAAGCUGGGCGCUGCGAGUGGCACGGGUGGGACGGCCGCCGCCGCCAUCAGCUUGCUGCCGAAACUGUUGCGGACGAGCCAGCUUCUGUUCGGGUCGAGCAAGACGUUCUACUUUGCCUACGACCACGACAUCACGCGCAGCAUGACGAAUCCCAAGGUGCCCGAGACGCCGCUGGUGCCGCUGCACGAGCACGUCGAGCAGACGUACUUCUGGAACCGCAGCAUCAUCCAACCGUUCAUCGACGCCGGCGUGGACAGCCUCGCUCUGCCCCUGAUGCAAGGGUUCGUGGGCCAGCGGACGUUCGUCGUGGACAGCAACCCGCCGCAGGAUGACGGCGCAUACAAGGAUUCGGUCGAGCUCAGCGACUUUUCCUCCUCCAGGGCCGCGUCGCCGUCGCCGGCGGACAAGGCUUCGGCGGACAUGAGGCCGACCGAGAAGAGGUUCGACAUCACCCUCAUCUCGCGGCGCUCCAUCAAGCGCGCCGGGCUGCGGUACCUCCGCCGCGGCAUCGACGAGGAGGGCAACGUGGCAAACUCGGUCGAGUCGGAGCAGAUCCUCUCGCCCGCGGAUGCGGCCUGGGAUCCCAACGCAAAGGUGUACUCGUUUGUGCAGACAAGAGGGAGCAUCCCCCUCUUCUUCACCCAGUCGCCGUACUCCCUCAAGCCCGUGCCGGUGAUGCAGCAUUCGCCUGAGUCCAACUUUGCGGCGCUCAAGAAGCAUUUCGAAGGCCUGCGCAAGCGCUAUGGCUCGGUUCAGGUCGUAAACCUGGUCGAGAAACACGGGGUGGAGGCGCCUAUUGCCGAGGUGUACGAAAAGAACAUACAGCAGCUCAACGAGGAGGCAGGACCGGGGGCUGACAAGGUCGAGUUCGAGUGGUUUGAUUUUCAUGACGUCUGCCGCGGCAUGAAGUUCGAAAACGUCUCGUUCCUCCUGCAGACCCUGGGCGGCCAGCUCGAGCGGUUUGGGAGCUCUGUCUCGGUCAAUGAUCGCCUCGAGACUCGGCAGAAGGGCGUGCUACGGACCAACUGCAUGGACUGUCUGGACCGGACCAACGUCUGCCAGAGCUCGUUUGCCAAAUACAUGCUGGACCUGCAGCUCAAGGAAGAGGGCUUCGACAUGGCCGCGCAGAAGGACCAGGAGAAUGUCUGGUUCAACACGCUAUGGGCGGAUAACGGCGAUGCCAUCUCUAAGCAAUACGCUUCCACGGGUGCCAUGAAGGGCGACUACACGCGAACGAGGAAGCGGAACUACCGCGGUGCGCUGACCGACGCCGGUCUGUCACUGACUCGCUUGUUCAACGGCAUGUUCAACGACUUCUUCCUCCAAGCCAGCAUUGACUUCCUCCUCGGCAACGUCACUUCGCUCGUGUUUGAGGAGUUCGAGGCCACCAUGAUGACCAAGGACCCGGCCGUCUCCAUGCAGAACAUGCGCCAACAGGCCAUCGAGCUCUGCCAGAAGCGCGUCGUCGCCGACGAGGACGAAGAGUUCGUCGGCGGCUGGACACUGCUCACGCCUCACGUCCCCGACACGGUGCGGAGUGCCUCCAUGGAGGAGGCCGUCCUCCUCCUGACCGACGUGGCGCUCUAUCUCUGCCGAUUCGACUGGAACCUGGACAAGGUGUCGUCCUUCGAGCGCGUCGACCUGGCCCACAUCCGAAAGAUCAAGCUCGGCACCUACAUCACGUCGACCAUCUCGCCCGCGCAGACCGACGACACGCGCAACGUCGGGCUGGUCAUCGAGUACAGACCGGGCCUGACCGACAUCACGCGCGUCAACACGCGCUCGCUGUCGUCCAUGUCCUCUAGCACGGCCCAGGCUCGCGACUCCGAGGAGGGCGGGGCGCCCACAGCUGCUGCCGCCGCCGCCGCACCCGCACGAGACGCCGGAUCCGCGCCAGCCGCGUCCGGUCUCGCCGGGUUGCUCAGCCGCCGCCCGCAGACGGCAGCGCCGCGCAAGAUCGCCCUCAAAGCGCUGCACAGCCAGACGUCGGCGGCCGACCCGUCGUCGAGGAGCAUGCAGGACGAGCCGGGCGCCAUCACGCGCCUGACCGAGAUCCAGCAGGUGCUGCUGAUCGCGGCCGAGAUCGAGAGGCUGGCGAUCCGGAACCAGCCCCGUCUUGCGGGCAAGAGCCCGGAGGAGGCGGGCCUGGUCGAGAAGGGCGACAUCAUCUCAUUGGCGGAGGCCAAGAAGAACACGACCCUGUUGGAACAGCUGGGCCACUCGAUUAAGAAGCUUGUCUGGGCAUAGAUGGGUGACGGCUUGUCUUGGGUUUUUUUUUUCCCUUCUUGUUCUUUUUUCUUUUGUCUCUCUCUCC